AUUGACACUGUCAGUUGGCAAACAAAAAUUUGUCUCAUAUUGUUAGCGGAAUUUAAUGCGGACCGGCUAUAUAAUAUUUUAGCAGAGUGUUGAAAAAUGUUAAUAACUAUAGAUUUUUUCUAGGUACCCGUAAAAGAAAAGCUUAACUAUGGGAAAAGAAAAAUCUAAGAAACGAAGAAGAUCAAGUUGCUCAAGUACUAGUAGUUCUGAUUCUGAUGCGUCCAAAGAAAAAAAGAAACUACGCAAGUUGAAGAAAAAAUUAAAAAAGGAAAGGAAGAAGACUGAAAAGGCUUUGAAGAAGAAAUUAAAAGAAGAAAAGAAAAGGCUUAAAAAGAAGCAGAGGAGUAAGAGUACAAGUCGUAGUCGUGAUGGUAGUAACGCGAAGGAAGGGGCCGUCUCCACAGACAUUCCCCUCGAAUUAAUGGAAAAAUCCAAAGCCAUGGCCCCUAUGACCAAAGAAGAAUGGGAGAAAAGACAAAGUGUAGUUAGAAAAGUUCUAGAUGAGGAGACAGGGAGAUACAGGUUAAUAAAAGGUGAUGGAGAGGUGUUAGAAGAGAUUGUGUCUCGUGACAGACAUAAGCAGAUAAACAGGCAGGCAACACAGGCUGACGGAGCAUUCUUUCAGUUACAAACUGUUGAGAAAAAGUUACUAUAGAGGACAGCUUGGGAGUUAGUGAUACUCCUCUAUCAUGACACUCUAUUUAUAGAUUCUACACAACCCACCAUUGAUACAUAUGUGCACCAGGAUGUCUUGAUAUGAGCUUCAUAUGAUAUGUAUCUGUUUCUUUAAGUUUGAUUAUUAAAAGUAUUGAUAUUUAGUUGAAA